AUGAGGAGGCUACGGGAGAUCAACAUACAAUACAGGAAUAACAACAUUGAGACAAAGAUAGUUGGCAAGAAAGUGGUUUUUCCCAACGGAAACGUGUUUCGUGAAAAAGUUACAACACCUAGAGCUGAAGAUUUGCUAUUUGUGGACGAGACAGAAGAGGAAAAGUUAAAAGAAACAAAUGUCGUUCAAAGAAUUUUAGCUGUCUGCAAGAAAAAUUCCCAGUUCAUAUGCAAUGAUGAGCAACCGACAUUUCUUGUUGGUGCCAACCAGGCUUGGUUUAACUAUGCCACUGGAGACUUCGGAAACCGUCUAUAUUUUACCAUAUCUAUCAUUCCUCUCAAGACUUACCUCACUACACUAAAACUGGCUGGUGGAAAUUCUAUAAGAUUGUUCCUCCACAUUGAGGGGCAGGGGACCCCAAUGUUUGGCCCCGGAGGUAUCGUGCUAGGGACUGAUCUCCAGCAGUCAUUGAUACCAGAGUUAAUGGAAUACCUCAAAUUUGCUCAUAUGAACCAGAUCUUCGUGUUUAUUUGUCUAUGGAACGGUGCAUUUGUGACGCCUGUUGUUAACGAAAGACUCCAUGGUUUGAUUAAAGAUGAAAUCAAAUUACAAAGCUAUAUUGCUACAGCUCUGACACCAAUAGUGACAGCCGUAAUGAACGAGCCAGCAUUGGCAGGUUGGGACAUCAUCAAUCAGCCAGAAGGUGUGAUGAAAAGAAAUAUAUCGGAUAAAAACCCGUGUUGGGAUAACACAUUUUUGGAGCUAAAGGCUUCGGGGAGAGCUAUUGGAUGGGCAAAGGAGCUAUAUACGCCAAAGGAAAUUCAAAGGUUUAUUAAUCUCCAAGCUUCGGCGAUUCGAAAACUUUACAAAGCCCAGGGUAAGGAACCCCUAAUUACAGCUAGCUCCUUCAAUAUCAUCACAAACACCUUCCAGUGGAAUUGUAAAAACCUGUACCACGAUUACUGCUUGAAUAUCUCGGGAGGCGCCGAUGACGGUUAUUUAAGUUUUUGGUCUACACAUUCCUUUGAUAUCAAGAGCGAAGGGCGUUAUGACGACUGGGCACCAUUCAAUCAUUAUUACUCCGAGUAUCACAUGGGCGGAGAUCACCUUCCACCGAGACCACUGGUCAUCGCAGGAUUUAGCGAGGUGCGAGGACGCCCCCACUCCAAGUGGGAUAUCGUGAAGCAGUUCAAGUACCUUUAUUCCAAUGGUUAUUCCGGUGGUUGGACGUGGCAAAUGAAUGCACAGGGACCAGACACGGAUGACUGGAUUACUCAAGCGAAAGGGAUUAGUUCAUUGAGGGGAAAAUACGGAAUUUCCGUGGGAAGUUUUGGUGCCCUCAGUAGCCCCCUGGGAUCGUUAAUUCCAAAGGAUCUUAAUAUCACAGCUAAUAUGGUUGGAAAAUAAAUUGCAUA